GUGUGGCAACCGCGAGACACUCCGCACUCACUCUCAACAGCGGCAACAUCAGCAGCAGCGCGCACACACAUAGCCCUCCCUGCUUUCCUAACACACGCACGCUCGCUCGUGCACUCCGCGUGACACACAUAUACAUAUACAGCUCCAACGGGUGGGGGACUCGCGUUCUCCCCUCCCGUCUUAUAAAAACAACAACAACUAAACGCUCGUGCUCUUCCAACGGAAUAUACAAACUUGGCUUGUUUUCUCCAACAUUUUUCCAAGUUUUUUGUCGGACCUACAGUUUCAGUUGCCUCCACCAUGCCAGCUGACAGUAUGGAGAAACAGACAGCAUCCCCCAUUGCCGGUGCCCCCGCGAGCGGAUCGCACACACCGGACAAGCCAAAGAGUGCCAGCGAGCACAGAAAGUCUUCAAAGCCCAUCAUGGAGAAGCGGCGCAGGGCCAGGAUCAACGAAAGUCUAGGCCAGCUGAAGACCCUCAUCCUGGAUGCUCUGAAAAAAGAUAGCUCCAGACACUCCAAACUGGAAAAGGCUGACAUCCUUGAAAUGACAGUCAAGCAUCUCAGGAAUAUGCAGCGCGUGCAGAUGACCGCAGCGAUGUCAACAGACGCGGCGGUGAUGAGCAAGUACCGCGCAGGAUUUAACGAAUGCGUGAACGAGGUGACUCGCUUCCUCUCCACGUGCGAAGGUGUGAGCACCGAGGUGCGCUCAAGGCUCCUGGGACACCUGUCAGCGUGCCUGGCUCAGGUGUUGGCGGCCAGCGGCUACGCACAUCCAGCGCAUGCGGCCCAGCAGGCGCACGCCGCCGCAGCUGUAGCAGCCGCCGCUGCAGCGCAACCCCUGCACGCGCAGCUGCCCGCAGGAGCCAAACUCGGAGGCCCGUCUGAGGCGACGUCCCCCAAAGUAUUCGGCGGCUUCCAGCUUGUGCCGGCUACGGACGGACAGUUUGCCUUCCUCGUGCCGAGCCCCGCAGCCUUCGGUUCAGCCACGGCGCCGGUCAUCCCGCUCUACGCCAACGCGGGUCUGCCUCUGGCUGUCAGCGCUGGACCCGUGCACGCCAGCUCCGCGCCCCCGGCUGCCUCUCCAGUGCAGGGCAUGACCUGCUUUACUGGUGCCGCCAGAACCGCCAGCCCCGUAGGAGUAAGCGCGGGUCCCGAGAGCAACGAGCCCGUGUGGCGCCCCUGGUAGAGCCGCUUCAUGGGGCCUACAGUUAAACUCCUCAUGGACAGUAUCCGCGUUGAGUUCCGUUUUAUGGGACCGUGAAUUUAUACCCCUUUCUUCUUACUGUUGGUUCAUGUUGAAAUGUUCAGUAGAUCGUUUCCAAUAUUUGGAUUUUGUAAUAUAAACAUGCUGUUAAUUUAGAAGAAAGAAGAAAAAACACUCGAAAGUACUUUUUAUAUAAGAUGGUUUAGUUUUGUACAAAGUUUGUAAAAGAUUGUUACAAGCCAAAGUGUUGUUAUGUUCUGAUUUAUAUGUUUGAUGCUGAAUAAAUCUAAAUAACGGAAA